AUGAAUGCGCAGAACCUCGUUUCGGCUUUGAGUGAUUUAAUUGCAAAUAAUUCAAGCGUUACACAACAGUCUUCGAUUACAUCACAGGAGCCACAAAUGGCCGAACAUCUAGCUGACACUGUUAAAUUAAUGGCUAGUGGGCAAAAAGUUGAUUACGUUGAAGAAACAACUUUAGAUUUCGGCCGCUAUAUCGACGAUGAAGAGAGUGAAGAGGAGGAAGAAUCCAUGCUGGAUGAGAAAGAAAGCCUCACCUUUUAUAAACUGUAUAAGAAUAUUAGCGGUUUUUCCCUCUUUUUUUAA